UUCAUUCGAGUGAAGAAGGGUCACCUCACCCACCCACCACCACCACCACCACCACCACCACCACCACCACCCUUCUCCUCUGAUUCCAGUCACCACCUUCAUUUCCGUUUUCUCUUCUUCUGAUUCCCACUAUAUAUAUCCCAUUCACUCACUCACUUCACCCAGUUUCUCUUUCUCUUUCUAGAAUCUAACCGCAAUUUCCCUCUUUCUUCAUCCAAAUCCAUCUGAAUCCAACAAUUUUCCCUUUCCAGAAGCGUUUUCAAUUUCAUUCUCCUCAUACCCACAAAUAGAAACCAAUCCAAUUUUCAUUUCUGCAUUUUCCCCCUUUAUGGCUUCUUCUCUGAUCUCAAACUCACCCUCCACCGGCGGCGACCGGUCACGUGAUCCACACAGAACAACGAUGAAGAGGAAGAAGAAAUCAAGGCUGAAUCACCAGAAUCAGCAAGAUCAAUCAUCUCAGCCCGCGAAAUGGAGAUCGCAGGCGCAGCAACAGCUUUACUCCUCCAAGCUCCGGCAGGCUUUGGUUAGAGUCAACGGCGGCGGUGGUUCCGGGAAGGGGAAGGCGGUACGGGAUGCUGCUGAUAGAGCUCUUGCAGUGGCGGCGAGGGGGAGGACGCGGUGGAGCAGGGCGAUUCUCACCAACCGGAUUAAGAUCAAAUUCAGGAAGCAGCAGCAGCAGCAGCGGAAGAGGCUCCUGCAGCAGAAGCCAGCUGGACCGGGCCGGUCGAAGAAGGCCCGGUUCAGCGUGCUCCGCCUCAAAGGGAAGACGCUCCCGGCGGUUCAGAGGAAGGUCAGGUUUCUGGGCCGGUUGGUCCCUGGUUGCCGGAAAGAACCUCUGCCGGUUAUUCUGGAAGAAGCCAUUGAUUACAUCCCGGCGCUUGAGAUGCAAGUUCGAGCCAUGGCAGCCCUCGCUGACUUACUCUUAGGCUCCUCCUCCUCCGGCGGCGGCAGCUCCAGCUUCCCGCCGCCGAGCUGAUGACACCUUCAACCUCAAUGCCAACUGUCAUAUUUUAUUUUUUCUCUUAAUUUUUUGUUUUAAUUUGCCUCGUUUUCACCCUCACUCUUCUUCCAAGUAAAGAUUUCUGGUUUAAGUACAUACAUAAAAUAUUUGUGUAUCUUUUUUGUGUUA